GAGGUUAUUUUAUCAACUCACGCUUCCUGUAGAAGUGUAGAUAAACCUCUGCAAGUCUCAGGGUUUAAGACCCGUAUUUCACUCGGGUCUGCUCAAAAUCUGAAGCCAUUUCAUCAAGAAUUGAAAAGGCUAGGCAGAUCAAACUGCAAGAGAUGGCAAGUUUUGUGAUAAAUCCAACUUUGAGUAGCUUCAAUACCAUUAACUGCCGCAACCCAAAUCAUAAAUCCUCUAGAAGAUCCCUGGGUGUUCGGGCAAUGAGGAUAGAGAAACCAAUGGAAGAGUUGUACAAUAUCCGCGUUGAGAGGAAUGUGUCAAAAGAAAGAUUACAGGAGCUUGGUGUUUCACGAUGGUCAAUGUGGAAGACAGGCGAAUGCAAGCUUCCUUGGGACUGGCAUGUGGAUCAGUUGGUCUAUAUCGAAGAAGGAGAGGUAAAAGUGGUGCCUGAUGGGAGUGAACGCCAUAUGUGUUUUGUUGCUGGUGACUUGGUUCGCUAUCCCAAAUGGUUCGAGGCUGAUCUCUACUUCAAUGGCUUCUACCAAGAACGCUAUAGCUUUCGAGCAUAUGGCGAUGACUAGUGAACGCCAUAUGCGAUUUGUCUUAUUUAUUCUCAUGUAAGACUUUAUAUUACUGUUAAUGUUACUCCUAGGUGCUAGAUAUUAUUGUCUCUCCAAAUAUGAUUUGGAACUUGGGAAUCUUGUGCAUUCAGUUGUGAACUUUUACUUACCA